UAUAUUUAUUUAAGGUUUCUUUCAAUAACACUUAGUGCUUUCCCACAGAAUAAAUUUUGCAGAGCCUCCAAAGCUUCGGAACAAGUGAUUUCUUCUUGCUGCAAUCCUACUAGACCCUGCAGCCCCGACACAGUGGUCCAUCACCGCGCUCUUUCCUGCACUGUUUGCCCUCGCCUGCCAUCAUCAUCCUUUGGGUUGUUCCUCAGUGUUCUCUCACCAGCACCCGCCUACUUCACGGGACCAGAGGAGGAACAACUGAAGCCGAUUACUGAUGUUCAGGACCGUGGCCGUCCGGGGACUCGUCCUAUCCGCACCCUCGAGACGCUGCUCGGUGAGGACUCGGCGGACCGACUCCUCCUACGCCGCACAGGCGGGACGAAGAGCGUUGUUUGGCUUUGAAACGCACGGGCUCGCGGGCACCGACCCGGGUGGACGCCCGGGCAGCUCCCGGCAACCGCAGCGCAGGCCCCGCCUCUCUGCGCCUAUUGGCCCAUUCAAUUCAGGCCGGCACCAAUGGGCGGAGGCGGCGCCCGCGCUGUCGGAGGCGAGAGCAGGGGCGCGCAGUGGCCUGAGGGAGUCUGAGCCGCUCCGCGCAGACGCGCAUCCUCCGACCGCGGCUGCUAUGAGCACGCCGGCCGUUCCCCGGGACCUGCAGCUGCCCCCGAGUCAGAGGGCCCAGUCCGCGUUCAGAGAACAAAGGAGACAGAAAUUCAAGGAACACCUGUUAAGAAGAAAAACAUUUUGUUCAUACAAACAGGAAAAUCAGACAUUAUCCAGUUGUGGAGAACAGACAAUAAUGACAUCUGAGGACCAGGUCCAAAAAGGAACAAAAGCUCUGAAUCUUAAAACAAAAAUGGCUGAUAAAGAAAAUCUCAAUAGACCUACAGGGAACAAAACUACAACAGUGGACAAAAGUUAUGUUCCUUUAAAACUGUCUAAUGAAUUAAACAACUCAACCACAGUAAUUGAUGCAAAGAAUUUUGGUGAUGAUAAUCAAGCUAUACAAUUGUUAUCAAUUAAAGAGGAUCCCCAAAGUCAACAUAUGACAUUAAGCCAAGCAUUUCACCUUAAAAACAACAAUAAAAAGAAACCAGUGACUGCAGAAAAGCCAAAGCAAGAUGCUAACAUGCCCAAAAAACCUGUGCUUGGAGCUUACCGUGGUCAAAUUGUUCAAUCUAAGAUUAAUUCUUUCAGAAAACCUCUACAAGUCAAAGAUGCAAGUUUGACAACAACGAAACUUGCAACUACUGUCUCUAAAGCCACAAAGCCUCAGCCUAUAAACACUAGCAGUGAAACAGUGAAAAGUGAGCAACCCUCAAAUAUGACAGCUGCCACUAAAUCUGUGAGAGCUACAUCUCAGAAUACACAACUUGUGAGACCUCCUAUUAGAAGUCACCAUGAUAAUACCCAAAACACGGGGAAGCAAAGCAUCAGUAGAACCUUGGCCAACGUUACCAUCCGGAAAGGGCCUCGGGAAAAAGAAUUAUUACAAUCAAAAACAACUUUAUCUAGCAUCAAAACUGCUUCUCAGGACAUAAAAAGAAACAAGGCACUGUCAAGAGGCAUAGUGUCUGAAAUGGUAGCCAAACCUACUUCAUCUUCUAAUACCAAAUUGGUAGAAAAGUCAAAACCCGUUGACCAGCAAAGACCUACUAUAACAACAGCAACUGUUAGUAGUAGGUCAGGUCAACCCAAAGAAACUGCAGAACAGAGAAAAGCUCGUCUGAGUGAGUGGAAAGCUGGCAAAGGAAGAGUAUUGAAAAGACCUUCUAACCCAGUAGUUCAACAACCCGAGCCUGAGGGACAAGCUGAAAAACCAGUGGGGUCCUUCUGGACUACCAUGGCAGAAGAAGAUGAGCAAAGACUAUUUACUGAAAAAGUAAACAAGACAAUUUCUGAAUGCCUGAACCUGAUUACAGAGGGGUGCCCAAAAGAAGAAAUACUGAUCACACUGAAUGACCUGAUUAAAAAUAUUCCAGAUGCCACAAAACUUGUUAAGUAUUGGAUUUGCCUUGCACGUAUUGAACCAAUCACAAGUCCUAUUGAAAAUAUUAUUGCAAUCUAUGAGAAGGCCAUUCUGGCAGGGGCUCAGUUCCGAUCCAGCUCUCUGCUGUGGCCUGAGAAAGCAAUAGAAAAUGGUCCAAGUCCUUCGGCCCCUGCACCUGCGUGGGAGACCAGAAGAAGUUCCUGACUCCUGGCUUCAGAUUGGCACAGCUCUGGCUGUUGUGGCCAACUGGGGAGUGAACCAGAAGAUGGAAGACCUCUCUCUGUAUAACUCUUUCAAAUAAACAAAUAAAUCUUUAAAAAAGGAAAUUAUACUUAAAUACUGAACCAUUACAUUUUUGACAGGACUAAAGUUCACUACAAUGAUAUAAAACAUCAUUUUUAAGGACUAUGGCAUAUUCUGUACCAAAUAACUGAUUUACAUAAGAAUUUUUAAAUGGUCAACCAGUGUAUAAAUUGAGUAAUUGUAACCAUUUUGAAAUAAAACAGCAAAUUUAGCAAGUCACAUGGCAUCUUACUAUGUACCUUUUUAAUCCUCUAGCACUGUCCAGUCUACCACCAAUACAAGGUGAUAAGAUAUAAAUGAAUUUGUGUGUGUGUGUGUGUGAGAUAUACCAAGAACUUCAAAGAUUUGAGGAAAAUGGUAUUUAAAUAUUUGAACUUC